UCGAAUCAAUCGGUGGAGAAGAUGGGCGAAGCGGCCGAAGAGGGCGGCGGCAGAGGAGAUGAAGGCAUGGCCGCCCUCCUCAAGUGGGCGGCGCAUAUGGGCAUGUCAGACUUGCCGUGGCCUCCUCCCACGCCUUCUAUCUCCUCCCCCGUGGAGCCGUCUUCUUCUUCUUCUUAUUGUCUGGGGCGUACCCUCUUCGUCUCCUACUUCUCUGAAGCCGGCGGGCGAGGACUGGCUGCCGCCCGUGACCUUGUGAAGGGGGAGUUGAUACUAAGAGUUCCAAGGAAGGCUCUUUUUACGACUGACAGCGCGAUGGCUGAUGAAAAGUUUGCAUCUUGCGUCAAGAGGCACCAGCAUCGUCUCUCUCCCACUCAGAUGCUAAUUGUAUGUCUAUUGGCUGAGGUGGAAAAGGGAAGAUGCUCUCGAUGGUACCCUUACCUGGUGCAGUUGCCUCGCAGUUAUAAUACAUUAGCAAAUUUCACCAGAUUUGAAGUUCAGUCUUUUCAAGUUGAAGAUGCUAUUUGGGUUUCUGAGAAGGCUGUUGCCAUGGCAAGGUCAGAGUGGAAAGAAGCUGUUGGCUUGAUGCAGGACCUGGACCUGAAACCUCAACUCUUAACUUUUAGGUCAUGGCUUUGGGCUUCAGCCACUGUAUCUUCUCGUACAUUACAUAUACCAUGGGAUAGUGCUGGUUGCUUAUGCCCUGUUGGUGAUUUGUUUAAUUAUGCUGCACCUGAUGAGGACAGUUCCCAUGAAAUGUCUGACAGUAAGCAAGAAACUACUAGCUUGAGUAUUCAACUGCUCGAGCAUAGCAGUCAGGAGGGGACGGUUCAUGAUGCUGACCAGCCUGAUGGUUUCAUGCAAAGGUUGACAGAUGGUGGAUACGAGGAAAAUAUGAAUUCGUAUUGCUUUUAUGCAAGGAAAAGAUAUAAAAAGGGGGAGCAGGUUCUUCUUGGUUAUGGAACAUACACUAACUUAGAACUCUUAGAGCAUUAUGGUUUUGUACUGAAAGAAAAUCCAAACGACAAGGCAUUCAUCGAGUUAAAGGCUGAAGUAUGCACAUCAAGUAGUUGGCCCAGAGAUUCUCUGUACAUCCAACACGAUGGAGUCCCUUCAUUCGCCUUGCUAUGUGCUCUACGCUUGUGGGCUACACCUAUGAACCUUCGUAGAACAGUUGGGAAUCGAGUUUAUAGCGGAUCUAUAGUGUCAGUGGAGAACGAGGUGUUGAUCAUGAAAUGGUUGGCUAAACACUGCACUGACAUAUUGGCGAGAUUGAAGACCACAAUAGGUGAAGACAGCAUGUUAUCGAGUACAGUCGACAAAAUGAUAGGCCAUCCUUCCUGUCUGAGUUCAACAGUGGUGCUACCUCAUAUGAGUGAGCUCAGGGAGUUCUUCGAAGCUCAUGGCCUCACAAUGGAAGUUGCUGAUUACAUUGGAAUGCCGGUAAAGGCCAGGAGAUCCCUGGAGAGAUGGAAAUUGGCUAUACAAUGGAGAUUGGCCUAUAAGAAGAUGUUGCAGGGUUGUGUUUUUUACUGUGAAAAUUUAAUUUGCUGCCUGUCUUCGCAGCAUGUUUGAGAGACAAGAGUAGAGCAUUUUGUGAUGUAACAGUUAUCCAACAUCCAUGUAUGAUCGAUGAGCUGAUAUUUAGACCAUUAAACUGUAAUUUUUUUGACUGUGAAAAGUGUAAUCUGUCUGUAUCCA